CACUACGAGUCCUUGGAAAGGUCACAAAUGAUAAUACACACAUUUGCAACCGUGUGGCAGUGAUUACUAGUGCGGUUGUAACAUUUUAAGUCCCCUGACAUUACCGCGUGGUUCAAGUUGAGUAUUUUGCUGCAGUUAAUUGAUAACCAAACGGAACACGUGCUGUUUCUGAGAAAACCACUUCGCCUUUUUUCCUGCUGGCCUCAUUUGGUGAGCUAGCUAGUAGCUAGUAGCUACUAGCAGCUGGUAGCUAUGGCCGCUGUUAUUCUGAGUUUCCCAACUCUGCAGAGUCUGAGGAUAUUUACACAGAACUCGUCAUGGACCAAAAGAGGCGUGAGGCUCGUUUCAGGAGGGGUGGGAAGGAUCGAGAAGGUGCUGAUUGCCAAUCGAGGGGAGAUAGCGUGUCGUGUGAUGCGAACGGCCAAGAAGAUGGGCGUCCGCUCAGUGGCUGUGUACAGCGAUGCAGACAGGGACUCCAUGCACGUGGCCAUGGCAGAUGAAGCCUACCACAUUGGUCCCCCGCCAUCCCAGCAGAGUUACCUUUCAAUGGAGAAAGUUUUGGAAGUAGCCAAGAUGUCUGGAUCACAUGCGGUCCAUCCUGGUUACGGCUUUCUGUCAGAAAGCACAGAGUUUGCGGAGGCGUGUAAACAGGAAGGCAUCAUCUUCAUCGGGCCACCUUCCUCUGCCAUCCGAGACAUGGGCAUUAAAAGCACAUCCAAACACAUCAUGUCAGCCGCUGGGGUGCCAAUCAUUGGUGGCUACCAUGGAGAAGAUCAAUCAGAUGAGAGGCUGCAAGCAGAGGCGGCCCGGAUUGGAUUCCCUGUGAUGAUUAAAGCAGUCCGUGGGGGAGGCGGCAAGGGGAUGCGUAUUGCACUGAAAGACUCUGACUUCUUGGAGCAGUUGGAGUCGGCGAGACGAGAAGCCAGGAAAUCGUUCAAUGACGAUGUCAUGCUGGUGGAGAAGUUUGUAGAGGAUCCCAGACACGUGGAGGUUCAGGUGUUUGGGGACAUGCACGGUAACGCUGUCUAUCUGUUUGAGAGGGACUGCAGCGUCCAAAGAAGACAUCAGAAGAUCAUAGAGGAAGCACCAGGGCCUGAUAUUAGUCCGGAGGUGCGCAGGAAACUUGGAGAGGCUGCUGUUAGAGCAGCCAAGGCUGUCAACUACGUGGGAGCAGGUACGGUUGAGUUUAUAAUGGACGCCCAGCAUAACUUCUACUUCAUGGAGAUGAACACCAGGCUGCAGGUGGAGCAUCCCGUCUCAGAGAUGAUCACUGGAACUGACCUGGUGGAGUGGCAGCUCCGGGUGGCAGCAGGGGAGCGCCUGCCUCUCCUCCAGGAUGACAUCGUUUUAAGGGGGCACUCUUUUGAGGCCCGUAUCUAUGCCGAGGACCCAAACAACGACUUCCUGCCGGGGGCGGGGCCUCUGCUGCAUCUCUCCACCCCUUCACCAGACCAACACACGCGUAUAGAGACUGGAGUCAGGGAAGGGGACGAGGUGUCUGCACAUUAUGACCCGAUGAUCGCCAAGCUCGUGGUUUGGGGAGAAGACCGAUCUGCUGCCUUAAAGAAGCUGCGGUACUGCUUACGACAGUACAACAUUGUCGGACUCGACACUAACAUUGACUUUCUGCUGAGUCUCUCGGGCCACCCGGAGUUUGAGGCCGGGAACGUGACCACCAGCUUCAUCCCCCAGCACUACGCCGACCUUUUCCCCGCUCCGAUAGCUCCUUCGGGGGAAACGAUGUGCCAGGCCGCUCUGGGCCUGCUGCUGCAGGAGAGGGAUCACACGCAGGCGUUCGCACAGACCUCCGCUGAGCCCUUCUCCCCAUUCGGCUCCAGUAACGGCUGGAGAAACAACAUCACGUUUAACAGAAACAUGACGCUGCAGCUCGGAGAUAAAACGGUUGAUGUGGUCGUUAUUUACAACAAAGACUGCAGCUACUCAAUGCAGAUUGGCGAGGAGGUGUACCAUGUGACCGGAGAGGUGGAGACGGACAGCGGAGCAUCAUUUCUUCACUGUUGUGUCAAUGGAGUGAAGUCUCGUCCCAAACUGGUGAUCCUGGACAACACAGUGCACCUGUUCUCCAUGGAGGGGAGCUCCCAGGUGUCUGUCCCAGUGCCCAAGCAUCUGGCUGGUGUGAGUGGUGCUGGUGCCCAAGGUGCAGCAGUGGCCCCCAUGACGGGAACCAUAGAGAAGGUGAUGGUGAAGGCCGGAGACAAAGUGGCGGUAGGGGACCCUCUGAUGGUGAUGAAUGCCAUGAAGAUGGAGCACACCAUCCGGGCGCCCAAGUCGGGCGUGAUCAAGAGGGUUUUCUUCAGCGAGGGCUCUCAGGCCAAUCGCCACGCUCCUCUGGUGGAGCUGGAGGAGGAGGAGGAGGAGGAGGAGGUGCAGGGGAGCAGCCAGUAAACGCACAACCACAACGGGUGAAUACACAAGGAGGGAGGAGUCCAAAGUAGUUACUGAGUGCGAUCAGCUGAUCAGCAGCAGUCGGUACCCGAGUCACGCAGUGGGAGAAAGGAAAGGAUUAGACAAAUACCUGUGUAAGUCUGUGUAAACGACACAAUAAUGAAAUGUACGGCUGCCUUUCCCUUUACGUUGAUUGUGGAACGGUUGUUUGAAUCAGUGAAUCUCUGAAACUAAUGUUCUGUUAGUGGUGUGUGUUGGUAGAUUAGGAGCUGGUUUGGGUUUUCGCUUUCUGUGACCGCUUUGUAAAUCUGAGGCAGAAGAAAAGAGCAGCUGUAGCUUGUUAACCGGUCGACCCGGAUGAUGAAAUGAAAGCAGAGGUCUGUCGUAGAGGAGAAAGCCUUUAGAAUCUGGAGGCAGAGCAACACUCCACUUAAAUGAGUCCUGGAUCGAGCUCUGAUUGGAGAAGCAGUGCAGGAUGACGUGUCACUCAGAGGGAUUCAAACACACACACAAUUGAUUUCUGAUUAUCACUUUUUACUUUCGUCUGAUGAGGUCUUAUAUACUAAACACCUGUGUUUAUGUUGUAGAUGUGUGACAAAUACGGAUACUGUAAUAAAUAAAAGCUAACGGAUAAA